AUGACUGGACAAUGUGAGAAAGGAUGGAUGACUAUUGAAGAUAGGUGUAGUCUAUUUUAUAGAGAAGGGGUGGCUAAGUUUAUUGCUUUUGCAUACAAGAACAGAAUUAGAAACUCGCAGUUCUGCUCCUGUCCUUGUCGUCAUUGUCAUAAUAGGAAAUCCAUGAUUUUUGCACUGGUGAGACAUGAUUUACUAGACUAUGGCAUGCUUGAUUCAUAUGUAUUUUGGUCUCUACACGGGGAGAAGUCGAAACCGAGAUCAGCAUCAGCGUCAUAUGUAAAUCAGAAUAAUGAAGCAGAUACAGUUGAAGAAGAAACAGUAGUGGAGGAAGUCGUUGAAGAGAGUCGUCGAGAUGAUAGGUUAAAUGAAUUUGUUGAUAAAAAAUUUGGAAUAUUCGAAGGAUUAAAUGAGAAUGUCAAUGCCGGUGAUUCCGAACAUCCCUUUCAGGAGCCUAAUGUAGGUGAAAAAUACAACAAGUACCAAAAGUUAGCGGAAGAGAAGAUUUAUCCAACAUGUGAGAAUUGUGCGACAACUCUUUCUGUGAUUGUGGAAUUGCAUCAUGUCAAGAAGAGAUUUGGUUGGUCUGCAAAUAGCGUCACUUACCUCUUGGGAUUACUAAGAAAAUGGUUUCCAGAGGGAAACACUUUCCCUAUAAAGUACCCGAUAAUGAAAGAGAUGUUGAAGGAUAUGGGAAUGAAGGCAGAUAACAUCCACGCUUGCAUUAACCACUGCGUGUUGUUUCUAAAAGAUUUGAAGGAUGAGAUAGAAUGUCCAAGUUGUGGAGCAUCUAGGUACAAAUUCAGACAAGGGAAGGAUGGAGUUCAAAGAGUAACAAAAGAGUCUGUUUUAGUAUUACGACAUUUUCCACUUCCUCCAAGACUUAAGAAAUACUAUACUAUACCAUGGAUUUCUGAGGAUAUGACCUGGCAUGAUUGUGCAGAAGCUUCUUCAGAGUAUAUGCGACACCCAAUCGACUCUACACAAUGGAAGAAAAUGAAGAAAAAGUGGCUUGAGUUUGCAAAGGAAGCGUGA